GACGGUCAGGGGUAGCUUAGGCAUCUAUAUAUUAGGUUUACACCUCUAUAAGGUUCCCUAGUUUCAAAACGCAAGUUCGUCGCCUCUCACAGCUCCACCAACCACCUCUUUGAGAGAGAACCAAAUUAAUCUCCUUUGUUUCCCUGUCGGAACCAAAACAUUGGAUCUAAUCCCUAUAUCAAGAGGAGAAUGAGCGAUGACGAAUUGCAAGGGAGUACUGAUCCAGUGGACCUUAGCAAUCAUCCUUCAGGGCUAGUCCCCACGCUCCAAAACAUCGUCUCGACGGUUAACUUGGACUGCAAGCUAGACCUAAAAGAGAUAGCUUUGAAAGCACGUAACGCCGAAUACAACCCUAAACGUUUUGCCGCCGUGAUCAUGAGGAUAAGGGAACCAAAAACAACAGCACUGAUCUUCGCCUCGGGGAGAAUGGUCUGUACUGGAGCCAAGACCGAGUGCUUCUCCAAGCUGGCUGCUAGAAAGUACGCUCGCAUAGUUCAGAAACUUGGGUUCGACGCAAGGUUCAAAGACUUCAAGAUCCAGAACAUUGUAGCUUCUUGUGAUGUGAAGUUCCCUAUAAGGCUUGAGAUUCUUGCCGUCUCUGUUCACCGCGACUUCUUGAGCUACGAGCCGGAGAUGUUUCCAGGACUCAUUUAUAGGAUGAGAGAACCAAAGAUUGUGCUACUGGUCUUUGUGUCUGGGAAGAUUGUUAUCACUGGAGCCAAGAAGAGAGAGGACACUUUCAGAGCCUUUGAGAAUAUAUACCCGGUGCUCACACAGUUCAAGAAGAUAUGCAUUCAUAGGUAGGUCACUGAUCUUGGAGUUGCGAAACUAGUUGGUGCUGUCAACAUAUAUAACCUCAAGUAUGAGAAAACUCAUAUGGUGUAAGAUUUGUUUUUUGGGGUACCUUUGUCUUUUGGAUUCAACAAGAUUUUUAAUUGAUUUUGCAAGAAAAAACAAUAUUUCAGUGUCUUGUAAUAUCAAACCCCAUAUAAAUGAUCAUGCAGGUUCCAAUAGUUCAGUUAUUGGUUAGUUCGAUUGGA